AGUGCUGUGUGUGUGUGUGUUAUCUGAGGAACAGCAGCUCUAAUCCGUGCUUUAACCACAGAGCAGGUGGUGCUGGUGAGAGAGUGUUACUUGUGGCUCCAAACAAACAGUCGUCAAGGCCAAAGCUGUCUGCCGAAACACGGCAGGGUCAAGCAGCGAACAUUGUAACCUAGACUUGGCGCACUUUAACAUCCCAGGUACGAGUUCUCACACACAACGUCCAGCAGAAGAUCCGCGCAAGCCUUCUGAACUCUCGGAUUUGAGCCGACAGCACCGCGAAGCCUUCCUCUAGCAUGCUCGCUUUCUGUCAAGUUGCUGAUCCCCUUCUGCGAAGUUCAAGAUGAACGGCUACGCUGCUCCUACGUACCCCAUGGGAAACUUCAGUAACUCCCAGCUGAAUGGUCACCAAUCUCAGUCACCGGAGCUCCCAGUACAUGACGCCAGCAAAUCCAGUGCGAAGGCAAUCUACGAGCAAAGAAAGAGCUACAGUAAAAACAGUCUGAACAGCAGCAUGACCGACACGUCGCAGUACCUCGUCGAGCACCUGACCACGUUCAUCAUGGACCGUAAGGACGCCAUGCUCACCAUCGAUGACGGCAUCCGGAAGCUGCGUUUGCUGGAUGCUAAAGGGAAGGUGUGGACGCAGGAGAUGCUGCUGCAGGUGGAUGACAAGGCGGUGAACCUCAUCGAUCCAGACAUAAAAAAUGAGCUGGAACACUUCCCUCUGGGCACGGUGCAGCACUGCCAGGCCAUCAUGAACUCCUGCAACUACGACUCCAUCCUGGCUCUGGUGUGUAAGGAGGCAGGACAGGGCAAACCAGACCUGCACCUCUUCCAGUGUGAUGACAUCAAGGUGACAAACACACAAACAUCUUAUGUACUGGAUGAUUUUUAGUUCUUUUUUGGCUUUUAUUUAGAUCUUGCUCUAUGUUUUGACCGGUGUAUUGGUUAACAUCCCUAACACACACAUAUACACACACACACACACACACACACACCUAUAAAGAGAUUGUGGGCUGAAUAUUUGUGUGCCUUUCAAGUAGCUUCACAUUAUUUUUUAUUAUUAUAUCCAGUAUAACUUGUCUGCUCUGAUGUGUGUGGUACUGAUGACACAGCAGUAACUUUUAACCUCUUUUGGUGUAACGAAGAACGAUGCUUGUGUUCCUGACAUUUUUCCUGACUUCUAGGGUCACUUUAAACAUCCCGUCAUAUAAAUAGUGAACAUCCACAAGGCAGGAGAAAUAAUCAUCAAUCUUACAACAUGAAGAGGUCACUUUAACACCCCCCCCCCCCCAUAGAGAUAUAUAAUAGAAUUAUAUUUAUUAGGGUGAGUCAAGAUUCAAGGUUUUAUUCAUGACGUGUACAAUCGUGUACAUUCUAUAGCGUGAAACUAAAACCCAGCGUACUCCGGCUGCAGGUAACUAAACCGGAUGAAAAAUAAGAACGAGUGGACGCGAUUGAAACGUGGGGUGGGGGGUGGGGGAUCUAAUCAGAUGGAAAGCUUAAAACAAUUUAAAUGGAAAAAUCUAUUCUAUUCUUUGAACCCUGAAUAAUUUUUUUUUUUUAUAAAAAUAUAUUUAUAAAAUGGAGUUUAUGUAGACAAAUGCUAAACCUCUGUGACCUUAUGGCAUUAUGGCACUAUGGCAUUAUGGCACUAUGGCAUUAUGAAGUGAAUGGAGAUGAUUUGAUUGGAUAUCAUGACAGCAUGAAGAUACCAAAAAUAUACAAUACACUGAU